CUGACCAUCAAAAACACUGCAGAUUUUGUUGCGAAAUUUUUGUGACGUCACGAUAUAAUAGUAUUUCAUUGGCUGUGUGCUUCGUCAGAGUUCCUUCCAGUGACCGCCUGGGCUGAGAUGGCGUCGACCAAGGUGAAAUCGCAACAACAGAACCCACGGGCUGACAGCUACCGCUAUGCUGUCACUCCAGGGGGAGAAGAUCCCAAAAAGGGGAAGAAGAAGAAGUCAAAAAAGGAAAAUCUUGAUGAACUCAAACAAGAGUUGGAAAUGGAUGAGCAUAAGAUCCCUAUUGAAGAAUUAUACGCCAGGCUAGGCACUGAUCCCACUAUGGGAUUAACAUCGCAACGAGCCAAAGAAAUCCUAGAGAGAGAUGGUCCAAAUGCACUGACCCCACCUCCUACUACCCCUGAGUGGAUCAAGUUCUGCAAGCUUUUAUUUGGAGGUUUCUCAUUACUUCUGUGGAUAGGUGCCAUUCUCUGUUUUAUAGCUUAUUCUAUUCAAGCUAGUGCCUAUGAUGAUCCACCAGGUGAUAACUUAUACUUGGGUAUAGUGUUGACAGCUGUGGUGUUAGUUACUGGCAUUUUCUCCUAUUACCAAGAAGCCAAGAGUUCAAAAAUUAUGGAAAGCUUCAAAAGUAUGGUUCCUCAGUUUGCCGUUGUUACUAGAAAUGGAAAGAUUUCAAAUGUCAAAGCUGAAGAGUUAGUUGUGGGAGAUAUCAUUGAUGUCAAGUUUGGAGACAGAGUGCCAGCUGAUGUCCGUGUCAUCACUGCUCAUGGCUUCAAGGUAGACAACUCUUCCCUGACUGGAGAAUCAGAACCCCAGACUAGAACACCAGAUUUCACAAAUGAAAACCCACUUGAAACCCGUAACAUUGCUUUCUUCUCAACAAACGCUGUGGAAGGUACCUGCAAGGGAGUUGUAAUCAGAUGUGGUGACAUGACUGUUAUGGGACGUAUUGCUAACUUGGCCUCUGGACUGGAAGUUGGAGAAACCCCAAUUGCUAAGGAAAUUGCCCAUUUCAUUCACAUUGUAACAGGUGUGGCUGUCUUUUUGGGAGUAUCAUUCUUCAUUAUUGCCUUCAUUCUGGAAUAUUUCUGGCUGGAUGCUGUCAUCUUCUUGAUUGGUAUCAUUGUCGCAAACGUACCAGAGGGUCUUUUGGCUACUGUAACUGUAUGCUUGACUCUGACCGCAAAGAGAAUGGCAAAGAAAAAUUGCUUGGUCAAGAACUUGGAAGCUGUAGAAACUCUUGGAUCCACCUCUACCAUCUGCUCUGACAAGACUGGAACCUUGACACAAAACAGAAUGACAGUAGCUCACAUGUGGUUUGAUGGAAAAAUUGUGGAGGCUGACACCAGUGAUGACCAGACCAAUGCUUCCUACAGCAGCAGUGAUGAAACAUGGAUGGCUCUUGCCCGCAUUGCUAUGUUGUGUAACCGUGCCGAGUUCACUGCCAACCAGGAGCAUUUACCCGUAUUAAAGAGAGAGUGCAAUGGUGAUGCUUCCGAAUCUGCUCUUCUGAAAUGCGUUGAGCUGUCCAUUGGAAAAGUUACCGAGUUCAGAGCAAGGAACAAGAAAAUCUGUGAAAUUCCAUUCAACUCGAGCAAUAAAUAUCAGGUAUCUAUCCAUGAGACUGAGAAUCCUAACGAUCCGAGGUGUCUGCUUGUAAUGAAGGGAGCCCCUGAAAGAAUCCUUGAGAGAAGUUCCACUGUUCUGAUGCACGGAAAAGAGGUGCCAAUGGAUGACAACUUCAGAGAGGCAUUCAACAAUGCAUACAUGGAAUUGGGAGGUCUUGGAGAACGUGUAUUGGGAUUCUGUGACUACUUCCUGCCUGCUGACCAGUACCCACCAGGUUACCCUUACGAUUCUGAUGAUGCUAACUUCCCCCUGACUGGCCUCCGAUUUGUUGGUCUCAUGUCCAUGAUUGAUCCCCCAAGAGCUGCUGUCCCUGAUGCUGUUGGAAAAUGCAGAAGUGCCGGAAUCAAGGUUAUUAUGGUUACCGGUGAUCACCCCAUCACAGCUAAGGCCAUUGCCAAGGGUGUAGGAAUCAUCUCUGAAGGAAGCAAAACUAUUGAGGAUCUUGCAGCAGAACGUGGAGUCCCAGUUGAGGAAAUUCAGGAUACAGGUGCUGCCAAGGCUGCUGUUAUCCACGGAGGUGACCUGAGAGACAUGACCCCCGCCCAGAUUGAUGAAGUCCUGAAGAACCACUCUGAGAUUGUGUUUGCCCGUACCUCACCCCAACAGAAACUGAUCAUUGUAGAAGGUUGCCAGCGUCAGGGUGCCAUUGUAGCCGUAACUGGUGAUGGUGUCAACGACUCUCCCGCUUUGAAAAAGGCUGACAUUGGUGUUGCUAUGGGUAUUGCUGGAUCAGAUGUGAGUAAACAGGCAGCUGACAUGAUCUUGUUGGACGACAACUUUGCCUCCAUUGUAACAGGAGUAGAAGAAGGCCGUUUGAUCUUUGACAACUUGAAGAAAUCUAUUGCCUACACUCUGACCUCUAACAUCCCUGAGAUCUCACCUUUCUUGUUCUUCAUUCUAUUGGAUAUCCCUCUGCCACUUGGAACCAUCACCAUUCUGUGUAUUGAUUUGGGAACUGACAUGGUACCAGCUAUUUCCAUGGCUUAUGAAGGACCUGAAAGUGACAUCAUGAAGAGACAGCCUCGUGAUCCAUUCAAGGAUAAACUUGUCAACGAAAGAUUGAUCUCCAUGGCCUAUGGACAGAUUGGUAUGAUUCAGGCUUCCUCAGGUUUCUUUGUGUACUUCGUUAUUAUGGGAGAAAAUGGUUUCUGGAUGACUCGUCUUCUGGGAUUGAGAGAACAGUGGGACUCUCAAGCCAUCAAUGAUUUACAAGACUCCUAUGGACAAGAAUGGACUUACAGCCAGAGAAAAAUCUUGGAAUACACUUGCCACACUGCUUUCUUCGUGUCUAUUGUGGUUGUGCAGUGGGCUGAUUUAAUCAUUUGUAAAACUAGAAGACUCUCACUCUUCCACCAGGGAAUGAAGAAUCACCACAUGACCUUUGGUUUGUUCUUUGAGACGGCUCUUGCUGCUUUCUUGACCUACUGUCCAGGAUUAGAGCAAGGUCUUCGUAUGCAGAAUCUUAGAUGGUCAUGGUGGUUUCCAGCUUUCCCAUUCAGCAUUGCUAUCUUCAUUUAUGAUGAAUCCCGAAAAUACGUUCUCAGACGCAAUCCAGGUGGUUUUGUGGAACGGGAAACAUACUAUUAAUAGAAGGCAUGUUAUAGGUGCAAGUACAGACUAUUUCAAUAGAACAUAUGUGUUUAUAGAGAAAGUGAACAGAUUUACAUGAAGUCUUUUAAUCAACAUUUAUGAGAAUAUUUUCAAGUGACAGACCAGCUACAUACAUGUUCCAUCAUAGGUAUGCACAUUUUUGGCAUUGUUUAUAGACAUUUGGGAAUCCCGAUCCUACUCGAUUCUGUCCCUUGAAUACUUUCAUAGGUGCUGGUGUAUGUGGUUGUUGUUAAUAUGAUCUUUGUACAUUAAGCAAUUAGUUUUUUUAUUAUCAAUGUUUUAAUUGUUAAAAUGUCAUUCUUUAAGAUCACAAUAUUGUACACUGUGGCUGAAAGAAAGUACACAAGUAUUUUAUCACCGUAGUUAGCACCAUAAUUCAUUUACAAGAAAAUAGAUACUUAAAUGUUUUAUUCAAAUGUAUCCUAUAUUUUUUAUUUUUCGCUCAUAAAUUUUUAAUUUUUAUAUACUGUACAAAUGUUUUUUAAACCAAAACUUGUGAUCUUUUCUUUGAAAUUGUCAGUUCACCUCUUCUUCUUUCUGUGAAGAUAGAAUACCAAAAAUGCAUUUUUCUCCCAAUUCUGGUCUAAUGACACAAAUAUUUAAACAAAUCCUUUGAUAAGGAAAUCGCACGUCUUUGUCAGUGUACAGAUCUUAGUGAAUGUGGAUUUUUGUAAAUAAUAUUGCACAUAUCGUAACCAGGAAAAAAUCUUAGCAUCGCAUAAUUCUCUUAAAUUGACGACAGGGAAUAAUCACUAAUAUAUGACUGGGACAUAAAAUUAUAAUUUUAAUGAAAUAAAAUGUAAUAUGUAUAUCACAUGAUCUUACAAUAUGAUAAACAGUUAAAUUAAAAUUAUUAGACUCUAUAUGAAGUAUAAUAUGAAUUAAGAUGUAUGUUUACAUUAAUACCAAAUUAUGGUUUGUGUAUAAGAGUUGACGCAAUGAAAGAACAUUCCAGAUAAUGCAUUACCUAGAGCUAGUAUGGUAUAACCACCACAAGACAGACAAACUGUACAAAGAUGCAAUAUUGUAGGCUAUAGAAAUUUUAUCCUUAAAUAGUUUUGAGAAUUCAUUUGAAUUUAAAAAAUAGAGUAGAUUUUCUAAUUUUCAUUGUUUUGAAUUUGUGGCAUUUAGAAUCUCGGAAAAAAAAGAUGUGCAACUUUAAUUGCGUAGCAUUUUUUCUUGUUCGCUUUGUUUGUCAUUUCAUAUACAGAGUUUAGUGAUGCAAAAGUGAGGGGUUCCAGUAAUGUGGGUAGCUAUUUAAUUUUAUUUGGAACUUCUAAACUUUUGUGGCACUCCUAGCGGACUUCGACAGCUUGUAGGAGUGCUGCUGUAAAGCCUCAUCCAUAGUGGUGCUCCUCAUAGCUGUAGGGGCUCGGCCUUGCAAAGGAAUAUUUUUAUUUUCUCUAAAUUGUGUAAUCUACUGCAUGUGUUUAGCACAGACCUCGUUUACUCUGGUUCAUAUAGAACAUUUUUGUCCAUUCAGGUGGAGUUUUGUCUUUCAUUUUUAUAGAACAUGAAUUUCACCUGCCAAUUGUUUGUAGAAGAAUAACACAAUUUUCAAUAAACCUUUUAGAGACUUG